AUGAAAAGUGCAUUAGUUCUUAUGAAUACUGUAACAACAAAAUGGUCUGUUACCGGUAAUAUGAAUAUUGGACGACAUUUUCACACAGUAUCUGUAUUAUCAAAUGGAAAAGUAUUAGUUACUGGUGGUAAUUACCAUGAUUAUCCGUAUAAUGCUGAAUUGUAUGAUCCAUCAACAGGUACUUGGACAACUACUGGUAACAUGACCUAUGUACGAUCUCGACAUACAGCAUCUGUAUUAUUAAAUGGCAAAGUAUUGGUUACUGGUGGGCACAAUGGUAAUAUUAGUUUAAAUAGUGCUAAGCUGUAUAAUCCAUCAACAGGUACUUGGACAACUACUAGUAACAUGAGUUAUGCACGAGAAUAUCACAGAGCAUCUGUAUUAUUAAAUGGAAAAGUAUUAGUUACUGGUGGGCAGAAUGGUAAUAUUAGUUUAAAUAGUGCUGAUCUGUAUGAUCCAUCAACAGACACUUGGACAACUACUAGUGACAUGAAUUAUGUACGAGCUGAUCACACAGCAUCUGUAUUAUCAAAUGGUGAAAUAUUAGUUACUGGUGGAACAUACCCUAAUUAUUCGAAUAGUGCUGAAUUGUAUGAUCCAUCAGCAGGCACUUGGACAUUUACUGGUAAUAUGAAUACUGGACGAUAUUCCCACACAGCAUCUGUAUUAUCAAAUGGAAAAGUAUUAGUUACUGGUGGAACACACUAUGAUCAUUCGAAAAGUGCUGAGCUGUAUGAUCCCUCAACAGGUACUUGGACAACUACUAGUAACAUGGGCUAUGCACGAGAAUAUCACACAGCAUCUGUAUUAUUAAAUGGAGAAGUAUUAGUUACUGGGGGGCAGAAUGGUAAUAUUAGUUUAAAUAGUGCUGAGCUAUAUAAUCCUUCAACAGACACUUGGACAACUACUAGUAAUAUGACUAUUACACGAUCUUCUCACACAGCAUCUGUAUUAUUAAAUGGAAAAGUAUUAGUUACUGGUGGAUCAGGCAAUAGCCACCCAAACAGUGCAGAAUUAUAUGAAUUAUUUGAAACAAAUUAA